GGACCUUAUUUGAUGGCUUCAAUAAGUGCUUACCUCAGUGGCCAUUUGGUGUCAUUGAAAGAAUUUUUCGAUGCGCUCGAAGUUGAAUCCAGUUCCAGUGUUCAAUUGAAGUGCAAUCAUGGUGAACAAGAAGUUGGCGUAUUGGGUAGAGUUAUCUGUGAAAUGUUAUGCAAAAUGGUACCGGGUCUUAUUGAAAUGGCACACAAAAACUGCGCUUCUUUGUCUGUCAGCAAGUAUCAGGAUCGUUUGAGACCACUGAUCAAAAAGUACCCAACGACUUGA